AUGAGCGACAAUGAAGAAUAUAUGCAGCAGCUCGAGGCCCAGCGGAGGGCCUUCGAGGCCCAGUUUGGCUCCCUAGAGGAUAUGGGAUAUGUAGACAAGACCCGUGCUGCACAAAGCAACGACACAAGCACCAGCGCCUCCGAGAGCGACAGUGACCCGGAGAGCGAGGGCGACGCGCGCUCCGGACAGUCUGAAUCCGACGAGCAGUCCGAAAUGGACGGCGCCUCAGCCAGCUCCGACGACGAGGCGGCCCAUACGCCGCGCGUGAUCUCGUUCCGCGCGCCGUCAGAUGCCUACAGCGGGCCUUCUCCACGAGAACUGCGCCGCAUCCGCAGCGGCAAGGCGCCGGGCCUAGAGACCGAGCCCGCGCCGAAAUCUGCCGCGGCCGACCGCGACGAGAAGCAGCUGCUGGAACAGGACAUCGAGCUCCAGCGUUUUCUGCAGGAGUCACACAUCUUCGCCGCGCUCAACUCGCAGCCAUCCGGCGCAGAUCUCACCCUGCGCACCAUCGACAACCCUGCAUACGCCGGCGGUGAGGUCAUCGGCAAGGCCCGUGCCCGCACACUCGAGAUGCGCCUCAAUGCCCUGUCCGCUACCAAUGGCGCGGCACGAACCCUCGAAACCGUGCCUAUGAACAUACGCAAAGGCAUGGUUUCCAAGCACCGCAGUCGCAUCCGGGAGCACGAGCAGCUGGCCCGGGACUCCGGCACCGUCCUCGCCAAGGUCCGUCGCGGAGAGUUCCGGAAGAUAGACGCAACCUACAAAAAAGACAUCGAGCGUCGCAUUGGCACGACCAUCAAGGCUGCAGACCGUGCCCGCAAGAAACACCGCGAUCGCGCGCCGCGAAUCCAUGCUGUCGGCAAGAGCACCCGAAAUGGCCUGGUCAUAAGUCCAAAGGAGAUCGCCGCUGUUGCGGCUUCUGAGCCUAAGCGCCGGAAACGCUAA